AUGAUGCUCAAUCAUCCGGGAUUCCUGGGCCUAAAGAAACUUACCAUCCGGCGUGAGGUUGUCCGACCUGUCGAUCUUGAUCUGUUCAGAUUGCAGAUGGUUACCGCCAACCAAGGGAAACCGUUGGACAUAAGAAGAAUAUACAACAAGCAGGAAAUGGUGGUGGAAGCAGCAGCGAAGUUGGCGUGGCGAGCCGCGCACAGGGAUUCGAUAUUCGAGGGCCUUGUUUAUGUCCAACAGGGUGAAGAGGAAGUUCGCUCAGGGAUGAGAAUAUUCUUGAGCAACACCAUCGAGGUCUGUCUGAUACGAGGUGGUAAGACAGGGGUUGCUACGGCUGCAGAGAACGAUCUGCAUUCGGCGCUCUUGGACAUGCUGUUUCAUGGAAAAGAAGCUGAUAUGAGUGGGGCUGACAGAGCCUACCGCCGAUAUCUCAGGAAACGUGGCUAUUAUUGA